GUCUUAGUCAAACACCCACCAUCAGUGGAGUUCCACGUGUACGGAUUAUUAUACACUAAACACCAUCUUUCCGCUUUGUUCCAUUCACUCUUAGCAAUGGCGAGGCAAGUCUCCGAUCACCUGGAGCCAUGGCGCGACCUACCCGACAAGGUCGUCAUGGUCACCGGCGCCUCUUCCGGCCUCGGCCGUGACUUCUGUUUGGAUUUGGCCAAAGCCGGCUGCCGGAUUGUAGCGGCGGCUCGGCGCGUCGACCGCCUCCAGUCUAUCUGUGAUGAAAUCAACCAGCUCUCCACCACCGCGCCGCCGCAGCCGAGGGCCGUCGCGGUCGAGCUCGACGUCAGCGCCGACGGCUCUGCUAUUCAGAAGUCUGUGCAGAAGGCUUGGGAUGCCUUUGGCCGCAUCGAUGCCCUCAUCAACAAUGCCGGUGUUAGAGGUAAUGUGGCGUCUCCAUUGGAAUUGUCUGAGGAGGAGUGGAACAGCACUUUCAAGACAAACUUGACUGGGACCUGGUUGGUGUCAAAAUAUGUUGCCCUAUGCAUGCGUGAUGCAGAUAAGGGAGGAUCAAUCAUUAAUAUAUCUUCCAUUGCUGGUCUUAAUCGUGGAUAUUUGCCUGGAGGUUUAGCCUACAAUUGCUCAAAGGCUGGCGUGAACACCUUGUCAAAGGUCAUGGCUGUGGAGUUGGGGGCACACAAGAUCAGAGUGAAUGCAAUAUCACCUGGGCUUUUCAGAUCUGAAAUUACAGAGGGUCUUAUGCAAAAGGAUUGGCUACACAAUGUGGCUAUGAGGACUGUCCCUUUGAGAACAUAUGGCACUUCAGAUCCAGCAUUGACAUCACUAGUUCGUUAUUUGAUACAUGACUCCUCUGAAUAUGUCUCGGGCAAUAUUUACAUUGUAGACGCAGGAGUCACCUUGCCAGGUGUCCCUAUUUUCUCUUCCCUUUGAAUUUCAUGCUGAUUUAUGUUCAUAAGAAAAUAAUCUACAUUAAUAUAAGACAUAUUUGGUACCACCCUGCAAGUGUAAGGCUUGAAUAAGAAAAUAACAUUCUGCAAGGUGUUUGAGUCAUGUGAUUAUUACAUGUGUCGCGUAAUGAAACUUUGCCAAUUUGUUAAUGAUCACUUUGUCUGAAUUA